AAUUCACAGGAUGAGAUAUGUGAUUUCUUUAUUCAAGCACAAUAUAAUAUAAAAAUGAAGAUGAAAAAAAUCACCUUAUCUUCUCCCUCUAUCUUUGUGUGUGUGUGUGUGUAUAGAAAUUUAUGUCAGGAUCAUUCAUAUACCACUACCAUCACCAUGAUACUACUACAACGAUCGUUUUUUUUUGAAGAACAUCUGGUCUUCGUGCUUGGUAUCUCUCUUCUUUUUUUUCCAUUGUUAUGGUUUUUUUCUUUGCCAUAGCAACCAACAUCAUCAUCAUCAUCAUAAUCAUCAUCAAUACAAUUUAUAGGGUGUUCAAAAUUAAAUCCUAUCACGUGAUAUUUACCAUAUAUGCCAUCUUGUGACGGAAUUUGUCAUAUUUUUGUUAUUUUCAACAUGAUAAACACGUGAUUUGUUUUUUCCACUUUUCAUUGAUGAUAUAAAGAUGAUGAAUGUGGAACAACAGAUAUCCGAUCAAUUUUCCGAUGCAAUCGAACGACAAGAUGAUGUAGAUGAUUUAAAUUAUCGUUUACAAAAUCAACAUAUCGAUCGACAAACAACGAAAAUAAAUGACGACGACGACUACGAUGAUGAUGAUGAUUAUGGUGACGAAGUUUUAUAUGAUGGUCAUGAUUUAGACUCGAAAAUCGAUCCUGAUUCAAACAGCAAUAAUUAUUAUCAGCCAAUAUUGAAAAAAUUCAGUAAAUAUGUGGAUAAAAUCAAUAUAGAUUCAUAUGAAAUUCCACAUAAAACGGUGAAUUUGUUGAAUGAAACGGAUAAACGGAUGGUUGAAGAACGAAAACGUAUCAAAGAUAAAUGUGAUCGUGCAACCGUUGAACAGGUACUUGAUCCACGUACACGAAUGAUACUUUUUAAAUUGAUAAAUCGUGGUUAUAUUGAUGAAAUUAAUGGCUGUAUAAGUACCGGAAAAGAGGCAAAUGUUUAUCAUGCAACAUCAUCAAAAGAUGCUGAUGAUGGCGGUAUUGUGGGCGAUAAAGCGGUUAAAAUUUAUAAAACAUCCAUCCUAGUAUUUAAAGAUCGUGAUAAAUAUGUUAAUGGUGAAUUUCGUUUCCGUCAUGGUUAUUGUCGCCAUAAUCCUCGAAAAAUGGUACGAACAUGGGCUGAAAAAGAGAUGCGUAAUCUUUGUCGUAUACAUCAAACGGGUAUACGUUGUCCAAAACCAUAUAUACUGCGUAGUCAUGUAUUGGUCAUGGAUUUUAUUGGCCAAAAUGGUAUACCGGCACCAUUGUUAAAAGAUGCCGCAUUGAAUGAAAAUAAAUCCCGUGAACUUUAUCUUGAAUGUAUAUUGAUGAUGAGAAAAUUAUUCAACGAAGCCCAUCUGGUACAUGCUGAUCUAAGUGAAUUCAAUCUACUAUAUAAUGAUGGUACUAUCUAUAUGAUCGAUGUAUCACAAUCUGUCGAACAUGAUCAUCCACAUGCAUUGAAUUUUCUACGAAAAGAUUGCUCAAAUAUUAAUGAUUUUUUCCGUCGAAAAGGUGUGCUAACAAUGACCACCAAAGAAUUGUUUGAUUUUAUUAUCGAUCCAAACAUCAAUGAAACAAAUAUUGAUCGAUAUUUGGAAAAAGCACAGGAAUUAGCUGAAAAACGAUCAACAACUGAAGGAGCACAUGAUUUGAUUGAUGUUGAUGAUGAAGUAUUCAAACAGGUUUAUAUACCACAACGAUUAGAACAGGUAACAACAUUCGAAGAUCGACAACAGAAUCGUGAUCAAACACAUUAUAAAACAUUGGCUGCAUUGAAUCAAGAAUUGAAUGGUCCAAUUACGAAACCAGCAUUAUUGGUGGAUGAUGAUGAUGAUGGUUCAGAUACCAACGACUCUGGAGAUGAAUCCGCUGAUGGUUCGGAUAAAUCAUCUGGUGGUGGAUUUCGUCAUUCUGCACGACCCAAAUACGAAACAGCCGAAGAGAAAAAGCAACGUAAACAAGUAAUCAAACAAGAGAAACGUGAAAAACGCCAGAAUAAUAAGAUACCGAAACAUGUGAAAAAAAGAAAAGAAAAAUUGGGCCGUAAUAAUAAAAAAUGAAAAUUAAAAUCAUCA